AUGGGGCGCUUAUCCGGUUGCCGCCGCGAGCUGGGGCCAGCAGCAGCAAUGGGAAUUGGGCGGAAGAGGAAGAACCGCGGCGUUGGAGUCGACUUCUACCGCGCCAAACACAAGGUCGGGAAGAAACUGAAAAAGGCGAACAACGCAACCGACACCACCAUCAAAUCCCGGACAAUCGGCCUGCCAGAGCAGAGCAUUGCGCAGGACAAGGACGGCGCCGCUGUGAGCAAGAGGAAUCUAACUCUGAAGGAAUUGUUGUCUCAGCUGUCACACUACAGUGCCAAAGUACGGCGAGAUGCGAUGGAGGGAAUGGGCCAACUGUUUGAGGCCAACCCUGGGGAAUUGAACAAGCAUGCAGCAGCAGUGGUUGAAGGCAUUGGGGAGCGUUGUACAGACAACGACGGAAGGGUGCGGACAACUUUGUUGAGGCUGAUGUCCAAGUGGGUGCUCCCUCUGCUGGGGGUCCAUGCAUUUCGCCCCUUCUUGCCGCUGCUUAUGGCACACAUCUGCAGUGCAAUGACACAUCUGGAAGCUGGAGUUCGGAACGAUUCACUGCGUUUCUUGGAUCUUGUGGUGAAGCACCAGGGAGCUUCAGCGAUGACUGAAUUCCUGACUCCUUGCCUUGAGUACUUCACAGAUUUGCUGACAACGCUCAGUAGAAGCCACAGCUUGCAAAUGGCGUCACAGGCCAAUAAGUUAAAGGUUCUCAGUGGCUUGAACAAAUUCUUGGGCACCGUGCUGGGUCUGGACAAGAGCCCAGGUGCAUUAUGUGUCAACUCCGGACAUUCGAGAGAGUCAUCAACUCUGCGCACAUUGUUCAGUUUCCGAUGUCAGCAGGGGCCAAAGCCCGUCAUGAAUCGAUCCAGUUGGGGUCUUGAACAGCAGGAGAAUGCUCCAAAAGCCACAGCAGCAUCCAUUUGCUGGGAUCCUACAAAACAUCAGCGUUCUCCUGCAGUCGCUGCGCGGGGGCUUUUGGAACGGCUGCUGGAUGUUGUGUGCUCCCACAGCUCAAUUCUAGCAGAUAUGGCAAGCGGCACUGCAGACCUUGCUAGCACUUGCUCGCUAGUAGAGGCUUUGCAAUCAGUUGCGUUUCUGGUGGUGUGGCUAAAAUUCGCAAAAGCUAUUGAAGGGAGUUCGUCAUUCCUUGGAGGCACUCAGAUUAGCAGCGUUGGCAAUGUGGGUGGAAAUCAGCUUGAACACAAGUGUGGUGAGGUUGUACGUCGGUUUAGUAGCGUCUUUCCCAUCUGCUGCUCAGUCACUGGUUUGCCUGAAGCCAGGGAGGCUGUAACGAAGUUCAAUCUAGUGAUGGCCACAUUAGCUGGCAGGUUUGCUAAAGAUCAGGUGCAGGAAGGCACUGCUGCAGACAGCUCCAAGCAACUGAGGGACUUCUAUGUGGGUGCCCUUGAAGAUAUUGUGACAAACCCGUUGCACUCCAACAUUGACACAGAGGCCAUGAUUCAGAAUGUUUUACCCAGCAUGGGUAUUACACUGCCCAUGCUCAGGGUCACCGACCAACACGAUGUGCUAACUGCAUUCACUAAGUGGUUUCAGGCCUUGGCAGUCACAUCGCCUGCCAAACUAUCCUGUUUGAAGUUCAUGCUGCUGUUGCUGAAAGGGAAUACACACCCUGGUCACUCGCGAUGUGUGGCAAGUGAAGAAAUUGUUCGUGAAUGGGCUCAUGGGCUGCCGCGCUUGCUGUGGGAGGCAGGCCACAAGCAUACCCACAUAUUUGAGGCUGCAGCUCAGUUGCUUCAUUCCCUGGCCAGAUAUUGCACUCCAGCAAUCUCUACCGAUCUUGACAAGUUGCAGGUGGAGUUGGUUCCGCUGUUUUGGACACGUGCACCUGGCAAACGGCCAAGUGCUUCUUCACUGAGAAAAUCCAGGACAUCAUCCAAAAUAGUUGUUCCUGGGCCACUGGCUCGCCUACCAAAGAGGGUCCAGCUGCUGGCUACCUCAGUGCUGUACUUCCUUCCAUCAUUGUGUGGACCGCUGGUUCGGAGCUGCCUGAUUGUUAGCCUUAUGGCGGCAUAUCCAGCGGAAACAGCCCAAUCCUUCAUCACCAUUGUGUCCAAAAUGGCAGAAGAUGGGCGUGCAAAACAUGACGAUGUGAGAGUGUUGAUAUCAGGCCUCAUCAGUGGUCAGAUGGACCCACUGGAUGUGAGUGAUGCUGACUCCACAAAGGGGGAUUGGCAGCGCCACCAGCUGCAGGUGGAUGGAGGAUUUGAUCUCAUGUGGAGUCUGAGGGAUCUGUGUGGCACGAAAAACAGCCUCAUGCCGAGGGUUGUGGACCCUUGGGUCAGACUUGCAAGUGAAGCGGUUGACUGUGAGGACAGGAGAAACUUAUUUGGCAUUCAAAAAUUUCUUCUCCAAGCUGCACAGGCUGGAAUGCCGGACAUCUCUGAUGCGGUGUGGUCAUCUUUGCCCACAAUAAUGGUAAAAUACCACAUGGCACUCCACAAAGAUGGCAAUCCUCAAACGAAGGGCUUGGAUGACUGUGCUUCACAGCCCAUGUUCUUCUUGCUCCUUCAAUGUCGUCCUGGGCUGAUGCCAGGCGUCCUGAAGAUUCUAUUCGAAGAAUUGUGUUCUUUGAGGCCGUGUGUGGUGUCUGGUUUUUGUCCAUCAAGUUUUGCACUCAUCACGUCACAUACUCAGGUGCUAUUAGAUAUAUUCAAGUGCAGAGAACUUGCACAACCGCUACUCCGAUGCAAACAUCAAAUUGUUGAAGGGAUGGCACACCUGGAGUUCAUUGCUUCCAGGCUCUCAAGUACGCAUCAGGCUGAGAGGAAGAGCAACACCUUGUGUCAGCAGUUGUUGGCAGUGUGUGAACACGUUGUAGGCAGUGGACAAGCACCGUAG